AUGGACACUCUUCUCUUGGUCUUCACUCUCUUGCUCUCCUCUGUACUAUGCUAUUUAUUUUUUUUCUCUAAAAAGAGAAGUGGCGCGCUUCGUCUUCCGCCGGGCCCAAAGGGCUGGCCCAUUUUGGGCAACUUGCUGCAGCUCGGCCCAAAGCCCCACCACACUCUCCACGCCCUCUCCAAGGCCCACGGCCCGCUCUUCCGCCUCCGGUUUGGCUUCGUCGAUGUCGUCGUCGCAUCCUCCGCCGCCGUCGCCACCGAGUUCCUGAAAGUCCAUGACGCCAACUUCUCCAACCGGCCCCCCAACUCCGGUGCUGAGCAUACCACUUACAACUAUCAACUGCGCCCCCUAGCCUCCAUCACCUCCCAGCAUUCCACUGUGCGCACCUCGACCUCCGACGAGCUCGUCCUUCCGCCGGAGAUGACCUACACAACCUUCCACCACCACCACACCACCACAUUGUGGUUGUUGAUCCCAGGAAGUUAUCCCAAGCCUUGGCGAAAGCAUCCAUUGGCCGAGACUCCCCCUCCGACGCCGUCACCGGCCAUCCCCGCCGUCAGCGCACGCCGCCGGUGCUGCCUAGUAACGCGGUUGAUUUUACAGGACUUGUUCACGGCGGGAACCGACACCUCAACGAGCACAAUCGAAUGGGCCGUGGCAGAGCUAAUCCGCCACCCGAAAAUCCUCAAACAGGCCCAGGUCGAGCUCGACUCCAUCAUCGGCCCGGCCCGGCUUGUGUCGGAGUCCGACCUCCCGAACCUCCCCACACUGCAGGCCAUCAUCAAAGAGUCGUUGCGGCUCCACCCUUCGGCGCCGCUGUCCCUCCCCCGGAUGGCCGCCGAGGGGUGCGAGAUCAACGGCUACUGCAUCCCUAAGCAAGCCACACUCCUAGUGAACAUCUGGGCCAUUGGUCGCGACCCGGCCAUCUGGCCCGAUCCACUCGAAUUCAGCCCGGCCCGAUUUCUCCCGGGCGGGGCGAACGAAAGUGUGGAUGUUAAAGGGAGUGACUUUGAGCUCAUACCGUUCGGGGCCGGACGGAGGAUUUGCGCGGGUUUGAGCUUGGGACUGCGUAUGGUGCAGCUCAUGACGGCUACGCUUGUGCAUGCCUUUGAUUGGACUCUACCGGACGGGCAACCGUCGGAGAAGUUGGACAUGGAAGAGGCCUAUGGGCUCACACUGCAACGGGCCGUGCCCUUAGUGGUCCGCCCCGUGCCCCGACUCCUGCAGAAAGCAUAUGAAUCUAUUGAGAAAUAACCAGGGAUUUAGAAAUCAUUCCGUGGCUCCUG